AUGUCGGUGAAGCCAAUCCGAGAGCAUGCAGGGAAGGCCCUUCUGGAGAAGUACUUGCCAGAGGUCUCCGGCGGCAAGCACAAGAUGGGGUGCGCAGGUGUUUUGGUGACUCCCGCGGUGCUUGACAGCACUGGGAGCCAGACCUGGGACAGCAUUCUGCAGGCGAACCCAUGGCUGAAGACCACCAACUUGGUGGCCAAGCCGGACCAGCUCAUCAAGCGCCGUGGCAAAGCAGGCCUGAUCGCUGUGAACAAAACCUUCGACGAGGCCAAGCAGUGGGUGAUGGAUCGUAUGUGCAAGGAGCAGCAGGUGGAGCACGUCACCGGGCAGUUGAACCACUUCUUGGUCGAGCCUUUCGUGCCCCACAAGCAGGAGCAGGAGCACUACAUCUGCAUGCUGUCCCACCGUUAUCACGACGAGAUCCUCUUCUAUCACGAGGGCGGUGUUGACGUGGGUGAUGUCGACGCGAAGGCGGAGAAGUUGGAGCUUCCCACGGGUGAAGCGCUGACGGAGGCCAUCGUGACAGAGAAGCUGUUGAGCAAGAUGCCGGCUGCCAAGAAAGGCAACAUGGCGUCCUUCGUUGUCAGCCUGUACAAGUUCUACACCGAUCUGCACUUUGCAUAUCUGGAGAUCAACCCUCUCGUCAUGUUGGAUGACAACACCGUGAUCCCACUCGACAUGGCUGCCAAGAUUGACGAGACUGCCAACUUCCUCUGUGCCCAGAAAUGGGGAGAGCUGGAUUGGCCUCCACCUUUCGGAAGGGCCGCCUACCCGGAGGAGGCUCUCAUCCGCGACAUGGAUGGACGCACCGGGGCCUCUCUGAAGCUAACCAUCCUCAACGAGAAGGGCCGGGUUUGGACGAUGGUCGCAGGCGGAGGCGCCUCCGUCGUGUAUGCUGACACCGUGGCCGAUUACGGCAUGGGCUCAGAGCUCGCAAACUAUGGAGAGUACUCCGGAGCUCCGUCCACCGAGGAAACUUUCGUCUAUGCCAAGACCCUGUUGUCCCUGAUGAUGAAGUACAAGCACCCUGAGGGCAAGUUUCUGAUCAUUGGUGGAGGCAUCGCCAACUUCACGGACGUGGCUGCGACGUUCACAGGACUUAUCAAGGCGCUCCAGGAGUACGCCGAUGACAUCAAGGAGCACAAGAUCAAGAUCCUGAUUCGCCGCGCCGGUCCCAACUACCUUGAAGGCCUGCGCAAGGUGAAGGCUGCCAGCGACAAGCUUGGCCUCGGCAUCAAGGUGUACGGCCCGGAGACCCACAUCACCGCGGUGAUCCCAAUGGCCCUGGGAAAGAUCGAUCCCCUGCCGGAACCGGACCUGUCUGCUCCUUGCGGUCCUCCGGUUCGCAAGAUGAUUGACCUCAAGGGCAAGAAGCCCACGCCGAAGGGCCAUCCUGCUCCGCCUGCAGGCGCCAAGCACACACUCGUGACGGCAACGCCGGAGACCACUUCGAUUGUGUACGGCAUGCAAAACCGAGCUGUUCAAGGUAUGUUGGACUUUGACUUCAUGUGCAAGCGCAAGAAGCCGUCCGUGGAUGCCAUGGUCUUCCCCUUCUCCGGAAACCAUUAUGUCAAGUUCUACUGGGGCACAGAGGAGAUCCUCAUGCCUGUCUACACUACGACCAAGGAGGCGGUGCAGAAGCAUCCCAGCGCCUCUGUGUUCGUGAACUUUGCUUCCUUCCGCUCCGUGCACGAAACCUCUAUGGAGGCCAUGAACUACAGCAACUUGAAGACAAUCGCCAUCAUUGCCGAGGGUGUGCCUGAGCAGCAGACCAGGGACAUCAUCAAGGUCGCCGAGAAGAAGGGUGUAGGCAUCAUCGGUCCAGCAACUGUGGGUGGCAUCAAGCCUGGCUGUCUCCGCAUCGGGAACACUGGUGGCAUGUUGGACAACAUUGUGAUGUCCCGUCUCUACCGACCGGGUUCUGUUGCCUACGUUUCCAAGUCCGGAGGAAUGUCCAACGAGCUCAACAACAUCGUGUGCCGCAACUCGGACGGUGUCUACGAGGGUGUUGCCAUCGGUGGCGACCGCUACCCUGGCAGCAGGUUCUUGGAUCACUUCCUUCGCUACCAGGACGACCCCAACGCCAAGAUGCUGCUGCUGCUUGGAGAGGUUGGCGGAAUCGACGAGUACGACCUGAUCGACGCCGUGAAGAAGGGCCGAAUCACCAAGCCAGUCGUGGCCUGGUGCGUGGGCACUUGUGCCUCGUGCUUCACUACGGAGGUGCAGUUUGGACACGCCGGUGCGCAGGCCCGCGGCGACAUGGAGACGGCAGCAGCGAAAAACAAGGCAAUGAAGGAAGCUGGUUUCCACGUGCCAGACUCCUUCGAUCUGCUUCCGGAGAUGAUCAACAAGGUCUACACCUCCCUGGUCGAGGCUGGUGAGAUCGUGGAGCAGCACGAGGGCGAGACCCCCCAGGUGCCUAUGGACUACACCUGGGCAAAGAAGCUUGGAAUGGUCAGGAAGCCUGCAAACUUCAUCUCAUCCAUUUCUGAUGAUCGCGGAGAGGAGCUGACCUACUGCGGCAUGAGCAUCUCCGACGUCUUCACCAAGGAGAUCGGCAUCGGCGGCGUUCUCUCCCUCUUGUGGUUCCGUCGCCAACUUCCCGCCUACGCAACGAAGUUCAUCGAGAUGAUUCUCAUGGUCACAGCCGACCAUGGUCCAGCCGUGAGCGGUGCACACAACACCAUCGUCACAGCCCGCGCAGGCAAGGAUCUCGUGUCCUCUCUUUGCAGCGGCCUGCUGACGAUUGGGCCUCGCUUCGGUGGUGCGCUGGAUGAUGCGGCAAGAAUGUUCGCGGAUGCACAGGGUAGCGGAGUGGCGCCCAAGGAUUGGAUCGAGAAGAUGAAGAAGAGCAACCAGCUCAUCAUGGGCAUCGGACACAGGAUCAAGUCCUUGGCGAAUCCUGACCAGCGAGUGGAGAUCAUCAAGGGUUUCGCCAAAAAGAACUUCAACUCUACGCCCGUUCUUGACUAUGCUCUGGCAGUGGAGCAGAUCACGACUCGCAAGAGGGCCAACUUGAUCCUCAACGUCGACGGCUGCAUCGCCGUGUCGUUUGUUGACAUGAUCCGAUCCUGCGGUGCAUUCUCAAAGGAAGAGUGCGACGAUUUGAUGGCUUUUGGUUGCCUGAACGGGCUCUUUGUGCUAGGCCGAUCGAUCGGCUUCAUCGGACACUACCUGGAUCAGCUGCGGUUGAAACAGCCGCUGUACCGCCAUCCUUGGGAUGACAUCACUUACAUCCAGGAGCUCGCAGGCCAGGGGCCGGAGUGCAGUGAGCUGGAUGUGGGGCGAUCCACCGAAGCAGCAGAGGCCAAUGCGGCUGCUGCAAAGCCAGAGGGCGAAGUCGCCGAGGUGGGCAAAGUGGGCAAGGAAGCCCUAGACCCUCUGAUGCCUAUAGUCAUUCCCAACCAAGGUGAGGAUAGUCGACCGGUGCCCAAGCAGGUCCAGUGCUUGGAAAACGGAACCGACCUCUUCAAGAUGUUUGAGGUGGACAUGAACAAGUUUGACUCCUCACAGGUGCGAAAGUCUUAUCACAAGAUGGUGGGGGCACCCAGAGGGGCUCACACGGGCAAUGAACCAUUUGGCUUCCUUGUUCAUGGCUGUGUAAGUGAAGCUAAGGCGACCUUCGUACACCCAGACAAACUUGGUCGAGAACCCACGGAUGCGGACCGUGCUCGUGCUGCAGCCACAUUUCGGGAUGGCUUGCUCUACCGUCUGAGAAGCAGCAUCGUGCAACACGUGCUGCAGCCGAGCAACAUGUCCCCGUCUCUGAAACGGCCAGCCACACUGCGGAUGACGGAUGUCGUGGCAGGUUUCACCAAACUGAAGCAGGCUUUGACCUGGGUUCCCAGGUGUUGCGAGUCUGCUCCUGCGUGCACCGCUUUCCUUGAUGCUUCUUGUGCAUCCGAAGAGGCUUACACUGUUCUCAUGGACGAGCAGUUGCGUGCCAAGCGCAACCUCGUUGUCACGGUCUUGAAAGGUACAGACAGCACUGCUUCGGCAUUGCUGGCUCUGGAGGGUGUGCUCCGCAAGGCCUUUUACCAGAGAUAUCACAAGAGAGGUCAGUGGAAGGCCUCGGUGGCAUUGCAGGUCACGAAACUGCCUUGA